AUGGUGCUUGAUGGCACAUCAAGGCUGCUUGCACUUGAUGAUUGCUGCUAUCAGCAUCAUGGCAGCUUUGCUUUAUGCUGUUCAAGAGCUGUUCUUCCUGCACGUGCUGCUGUUCAUUUACAAUGGUUCAGCGAUCGUUUACCAUCGCAAGAUGUGGAGGGAUGCUGGCGGAGGUCGCUCAUCACACCUUUUUGGAUGCUGCCUUUUUGCACAAGAAAAGCUCCAAAAUGGUUUGAGAAGGAGGAUACCUUUUGGUUCAAUGUUUAUGCCAUCAUUUUCUCUUCAGCUACGAACGCCGUGGGGGUUUUGGCUGCAUACUUGCAGAUGCGCUAG